CCCCCCCCCGGCUCCCUGCCCUGUGUCGGUUGAAUUGAUGGCUGGCAUGAGAUUUCUACAUUUAAGAAAUGAAGACUUUUUCAUUUGACAUUUCUUUUGAGCACUGAGGUGGCCUUUUUUUAACUUUUGUACAAAUUUUUUUUUCUUCCCUCUAACUUUUAUUUUGGCUAUGGCAAACAAAAAGGAGCCACCUUUUUUUAACGGGGAUAACAUUGGAUCAUUCCUCAACAGCCUCACCUUUUACAGUACAAUGGAACUCUUUAUUGAAACUCUCACAGGAACUUGCUUUGAGUUACGGGUGUCACCCUUUGAAAAAGUGGUAUGUGUGAAGGCCAAGAUUCAGCGGUUGGAAGGUAUUCCGGUUUCCCAGCAGCACUUAAUUUGGAACAAUGUAGAACUUGAGGAUGAGCGCACUCUAAAAGAUUACAACAUUUCUAAAGGCUGCACUUUAAAAUUGGUGUUGGCUAUGAGAGGUGGUCCCAUUAAUACACGGCGGGUGCCCCUUGAAGACCCAAUCAGGGAAAUAGCUGAGUACAUUGACCCUGUUCAGGAUGAAACAUGGGACAAAUCUCCUUCCAAUAAGCAGGUUACAUUUCUGGUUUAUCGAGAAGGCGAUCAAUUAAAAUUUUUCCGUGUUGUAGACCGAGGAGAUGGCACUUUGACCCCAUUAUCUGAAUCAGUCAGUGGAGGUUCGGUUUAUAAUUUAAACGAUGAAGAUGAAGCUGAGGCUUCUCAAUCUGGCCAACAAAUCAUCGAGAAUUCAAUCACUAUGAACAAAAUGAAGUUUUUGAAAUCCAAGAUGGAGAGCAUGAACCUCAAUAAAAAGCCUAAAAAAACAUCAAAGUUUAAGCCUAGGCCCCCUAUGGCCCCACGUCCUUCAAGCACCUUAUUGGCCUCUGCUCGUCACAGAUUUUUAAAAGUUCUCCCUGACAUUGGACAGUCUUGCCUACCUCCUGGAAAUCCACUUUCUUCAGAGUCUUCCCAGAUUGCACUUUCAAGCCUUACUACUGCUGCGAAGACAAACCCAUCCAUUGCUGGUGACUAUAUAAAUAGAGAUGACUCUUGGACCACCUCACUGUUGGCUCCCUCACCUAGUAGUAUUGUUCUCCCACCUAAAAUUUCCAGAGUAGAACUGGAAAGUUCCAGGCAUUCCAAAAAUACAUAUCUUUCUCCUGUGUCAAUUUUGGCCAAGAAAGAGGAGCCUGCAACACAAAAUGAUUCAGUCUUGUAUCAAAAUACAAACUUUUUUGCCACUGAGGAAUCCUCAAUGGCUAUUGGAGAGUCAUUUUUGUUAACAGAGGUAGGACCUACUGAGCAAUAUGAAGAGCUGUACAACUUUGGGAAAGUGAAGCCUGAGUUUGCACUCUCAGAAGGAUGCAAAGAAACUCCAGCUACAGAAACAUCCCAUAAAACUCUGCCUAAAUCUUUGAAUUCUGAAGCCAUGGAAACUGGACUCCUUAACGGAGAACGAAGUCCACCAAGGAACAAAUUUCUCUCACCCAUCCAUUUUUCCAGCCAAAUUACUCAUAAGACCUUCCCUAAACCACAAAGGCAACACAACGUGUUUGAAUUUGGAAGUUUAAGACCAACUGCUUCACAUAUGUGCCGUUCUGUAGACAUUCGCAAUAUGAGUGAUGGCUCAUUUUCCAGGUCUAGAUUUCGAGGGGUUAAAGUGGAUUCUCCAGGGAAAAGGUCAGAUGUGAUCUCUAAGAUGGAAGCUAGGGAUAUGACUGAAGUAGCUAAUAAGGCUUCUAAAGAACCUGUGGGUUCAUUAAACAACUUGGAAUUUUUUGCUUCGCUGGCUCGAAGCAGAAGUAGGGAUAAUUUGCAGAGUUCCAAUAACCCAGUCCGACUACGAACGUCUAGUGUUGCUCAAACAUCAAGCUUGCAGAACCCUCUUGAAGAACAUUUUAAGAAGCUAUCACCCUUAAAGGACAAUGCAGAGUUUUUCAUUUCUCCUCAUGGACCUGGAGAGAGUUUGCACAAUACAGCUUCUGGAAAACGCCUAGUUGAAGCCACACAUCUUUUCCCUCCUGUCAAAUCUACACUUCGUAACAAGAAGAAGACCACAAAGCACUGUUUCUUUUGUAGAAAAAAAACCGGAUUGGCAACAAGUUUUGAUUGCAGAUGCGGCAAUAACUUCUGUGCAACGCACCGCUAUGCAGAAACUCACAACUGUUCAUAUGACUACAAGACUGCGGGAAGACAAUAUUUGCAAGAGGCAUGUCCUGUUGUCACUGCACCAAAACUUCCCAAAAUCUAACUCCAGUCAAGACCAAGAAAAGGAUUUCCUUUUCAUACAUUAUUUAUUGUUCCCCCCCCCCCCCCCCACACACACACACACAAAUAAAGAUUUGCCAAGUCACUUAACGUUUACUCGGCUAUCAUAAUGUGAACAUCAUCUUACAUGGUCAGUUGUUUGAUCCUUUAAUCAAAGUCUAACAAGGGUUUUUUAAAAAGAAAAUAUUUUUACUAUGAUGAUUAACUUUUGUUACCUCACGUCUCGUGUUAAGUGUUUUAUAUUGGGGGGGAAAAUGCUAUUUCACUAGACAAGUCUUUCAAAAGAUGCACUUUACUGAAUAUUUACUGUAUAAAGAUACAAUGUUAAGGAGUCAUUUAUUCAUAUUUACUUGUGGUUGACGGGAGAGGGGGGUUCUUGUUUUUGGUUUUUAAUUUAAAUUGUCUGUCACUUUAAUCAUUUUUUUCUUUUCUCCUAAUUGGCAUUAUAAACAUUUCAUUUCAAUGUAUAUUGUGACCACAGUACCAAGCAACACUCUAUGGUUUGUAAUUAAAUAUAUAUUGGGCCACAAAGCCAUUAAGUGAAAUUAAUUUUAAACUUUUGCAAACCUAUAUUUUAAAUGUCUUUCCUUAAAUGAUUUGUCCUCCUAAAAUUAUAAUAAAUAUUGCCUUUUUAUUA